AGUCGGUCACCGUCCGCCGAACAAAGAUCAGCCCCUGCCUAGCUGUCGGUUGCCGUCCGCCGUGCUCGUCGUCAGGCGCCGCCCUUGCUCGGCCAGUUGUCUCUCAGACUCAACUCUCAGUCUAUCAGUGGCUGGCCACAAAAUUGCCACGGUGCUUUGCGGUUGUUCACAAAGGACAGCCGUUCUCCCGCUACGCCACGCACACCUUGCGUAUCUCUGAUGGUGAAUCGAACAAAUAAAGAGAUCUCACUUCCUAAUUCACAGUGAUAUCGAAUUUGAUCAUAAGAAAGAGCUCAAAAAUGGCGAGUUUGAGAAGAACUCUGUUGUUUGGCAUAUCUCGCUUCCUUAAUUCGACGGCCGCUCCCGCUCGGGUAAACGCCGGCGGCGCGUCAUCAAAUGGCAUCAUCCAGUAUCAAUAUCUUUACAAAUCAAGGCCUUGUGUUAGUUCCUUCUCUCGUCUCUAUUCUUCAAAUGAUGGUAUCGAAUCGCUAGAUUUGGAUUUAUCUAAUGAAGAAAGCAAGCGGCAGUUGAUGAACAGAUUUAUAUAUAGGAGCAAACAAAGGGGUUUUCUUGAGCUGGACUUGGUUUUGGGAAGUUGGGUGGAGAAACACAUUGGAUCUUUGGAUGAGAAGGGGAUUAGAGCCCUUGCUGAUGUCCUAAACCUGGAAAAUCCAGAUUUGUGGAAAUGGCUAACUGGGCAAGAGCAACCUCCAGAAGCGAUCAACACGAAUCCUGUAUUUGUUGAGGUGCGUAGCAAGGUAAUGAAGAACCUCGACAACUGUGCUUCUCCACAGACAAGGGCCGCACCUGGGCAGCCAUGGGUGAGAGGAUGGGAUGAUUUCAAGAAAGGUCGUGAUAGCCCUAUGGUCGGCAACCAGUAGGUAUUUCUAUGACCCUUUUUUUAUAGUAAGCUUGCGUAUUAUGUUAAAAGCGUGAAGAAUAAAGCUGUCAAAAGCGAAAAUUGUGUAGUGACAUUAAGUUGUACGCCAUAGAUAACUUUACGUGUGAGCUCAAUCACCAUAGUCGUUCCUGUUUACAAGAUUGUUCUGGAUGAAUAAAGCUGUCUGCAUGGAUAAAGCUAAUACAUACAGACACCACAGUUGGCGCGUAGUAUGUUAGUGUAUGAUGGUUUUAUUUGUUCUUUUCAUUAAGCCCAUACAGACACCAUAGUCAUUAUGUUAGUGAAUGAUGGUUUUGAGGUGGU